CUUCCCCAGCGGCGAGGAACAAGGGUCGCAGUACAAUGACGUCAUCGCGCCCUACCUACCUCCAGGGUUCCGCCUUACGCUCUCUGUCGCGCGCGCGCACUACAUCCUAUGGCUUGCGCGAGUGGGCGCUGGGAACCGCCAUUUUGGCCGGUGGCCGUGAGAACACGCUGUGUGGCUGAAAAGUGAAGGCAAGAACUGAUUUGGCCUCUGCGCUCCCCUUCGCAAGGGGAUCGUUUUCUCCAGAAGAGCUGGAUAUUCUUUCACACAGUUAUGGCAGACAAAUUAACAAGAAUUGCUAUUGUCAACCAUGACAAGUGUAAACCUAAGAAAUGUCGACAGGAAUGCAAAAAGAGUUGUCCUGUAGUUCGAAUGGGAAAAUUAUGCAUAGAAGUUACACCCCAAAGCAAAAUAGCAUGGAUUUCUGAAACUCUUUGUAUUGGUUGUGGUAUCUGUAUUAAGAAAUGCCCCUUUGGCGCCUUAUCAAUUGUCAAUUUACCCAGCAACUUAGAAAAAGAAACCACACAUCGAUAUUGUGCCAAUGCCUUCAAACUUCACAGGUUGCCUAUCCCUCGUCCAGGUGAAGUUUUGGGAUUAGUUGGAACUAAUGGUAUUGGAAAGUCAACCGCUUUAAAAAUUUUAGCAGGAAAACAAAAGCCAAACCUUGGAAAGUACGAUACAAUUUAUGACAUUGAGCACAAUGCCUCUGUGUUCUUUGUAGAUUUAACCCACCUAAAAGAACGAAAUGUUGAAGAUCUUUCAGGAGGAGAGCUGCAGAGAUUUGCUUGUGCUGUCGUUUGCAUACAGAAAGCUGAUAUUUUCAUGUUUGAUGAGCCUUCUAGUUACUUAGAUGUCAAGCAGCGUUUAAAGGCUGCUAUUACUAUACGAUCUCUAAUAAAUCCAGAUAGAUAUAUCAUUGUGGUAGAACAUGAUCUAAGUGUUUUAGACUAUCUCUCCGACUUCAUCUGCUGUUUAUAUGGUGUACCAAGCGCCUAUGGAGUUGUCACUAUGCCUUUUAGUGUAAGAGAAGGCAUAAACAUUUUUUUGGAUGGCUAUGUUCCAACAGAAAACUUGAGAUUCAGAGAUGCAUCACUUGUUUUUAAAGUGGCUGAGACAGCAAAUGAAGAAGAAGUUAAAAAGAUGUGUAUGUAUAAAUAUCCAGGAAUGAAGAAAAAAAUGGGAGAGUUUGAACUAGCAAUUGUAGCUGGAGAGUUUACAGAUUCUGAAAUCAUGGUCAUGCUGGGGGAAAAUGGAACGGGUAAAACGACAUUUAUCAGAAUGCUUGCAGGAAGACUUAAACCUGAUGAAGGAGGAGAAGUGCCAGUUCUAAAUGUCAGUUAUAAGCCACAGAAAAUUAGUCCCAAAUCAACUGGAAGUGUUCGCCAGUUACUACAUGAAAAAAUAAGAGAUGCUUAUACUCAUCCACAGUUUGUGACUGAUGUAAUGAAGCCUCUGCAAAUUGAAAACAUUAUCGAUCAAGAGGUGCAGACAUUAUCUGGUGGUGAACUACAGCGAGUAGCUUUAGCCCUUUGUUUGGGCAAACCUGCUGAUGUCUAUUUAAUUGAUGAACCAUCCGCAUAUUUGGAUUCUGAGCAAAGACUAAUGGCAGCUCGAGUUGUCAAACGUUUCAUACUCCAUGCAAAAAAGACAGCCUUUGUUGUGGAACAUGACUUCAUCAUGGCCACCUAUCUAGCGGAUCGCGUCAUCGUUUUUGAUGGUGUUCCGUCUAAGAAUACAGUUGCAAACAGUCCUCAAACCCUUUUGGCUGGCAUGAAUAAAUUUUUGUCUCAGCUUGAAAUUACAUUCAGAAGAGAUCCAAACAACUAUAGACCACGAAUAAACAAACUUAAUUCAAUUAAGGAUGUAGAACAAAAGAAGAGUGGAAACUACUUUUUCUUGGAUGAUUAGACUGAAUCUGAGAAUACUGAUAAGCCGCUAAUUAAAAGGAAUAUUUACUAGAAUUUUUGUCAUAUAAAACUUGAAUCAGGAUUUUAUGCCCCACAUAUGCUGGAGCUUGAAGUAUAAUUCACUUAAUAUAACAUCAAAAGCCAGUUGCAUUCUAAAUUGUAAUUGAAACACAGAAAACACCACUUUUCUGUUCAUGAUGAGGCCCUUUUGUGCAUAAUAUUCUAAAAUGAAGACAUUUCAGGCUAUACAAAUUACCUCCAAGUUUUCAUGAUGUGUGGGAAGAUUUUCAGUAGGUAUUUCAUAUUCACGUACCAAACACUGACCAGUGUUGCUCCAUUUUUUAAAUCUUAAAAAGGGUUUCUGUACUUACCUGGUUUGCCAGAUAUGCCAGUGUAAUGAAACUGCCCUUAUUUUAAAAGCCAGUCAAAGAUUCCACUGAUUGACAUUUGAUAAAUAAACAUCAGGAUUAUGUUUAUUAUUUUUCAGUCUUUGCACCAUAUUAUCAGUAUAUGGUUUCUGAGGAAGUUUAUCUACUACAAAACACCACUGUUGGAAAAAUAUGUAUUUUUUAAUUGUUUUUAAUCUUUUUUGGUGCUUUUGAACAUGUUUAGCAAAAACCAAUUCAGUUCCCUUCCCCCCAAAAAAAAGUUACUCUGAAUUUUUUAGUUUUUGCAUUCCAUAAUGUUCUGUGUUCAUUCUCUAGGUAAUGUCAUUUUUUUUACACAUAUAUAAUCAUCACUGAUCAAGAUUUAGGAAAAAUCAUUUCUAAAGAAUAUUUGCAUCCCUUACAACUACAGACUCAAAGUCUUUAAAGAUGGUGCCUAAGCAUCUAUGUAUUUUUUUUUUUAAGUUCCACGGAUUUUUCUGGUGGGCAACCAAGGAUUAUAAACCACUUCCCUAAAGGCAGCAUUAAUGCAAAAGUCCCCAGAUAGCAAUACAAAGUAUCCCUCAGUACCACAUAUACUCAUUUCUGAGUUUGGAUAUAGAGCACAUUAUCUAAACCUUUUUCUAGUUCCAAAAAGCCAUCCAAAUUUCUUGAGUUCCUGCAUUUCGAACAGGAUUACCUAUAGCCUGGAGCCACUUCUAAGUUGUACUUCUGACUAAACUGGAAUUAACUUAUGAGGAAGAGGAUUUACUAAAUAAAUGAGUGGGGCAAGCAAAAUUGAGGGGGAAAUUAGGAAGUAUUUGACAGACUUUAAGAACUACUUAAAAUAAUAGAAGUCUUGAUUAACAUGCAAACAGUGGCCACAAAGUAUGGUUUAAUUGGACCCCAUUAUGCCUUUUAAAAAAUAAUUUAUGUAAGUAAUCUAUCAGUACAUGUUGAAAAAAAUUCAGAUAUGCAGAAUGGAAUAAAAAAUGAACUCCCUUAAUUACCCUCCCAAAGGUUACCAGCGUUUGAAUUUAAUAAUGUAUAUUCUUUCAUUCUUUUUUCUGUGCACUUACCUAAGUGUGAAUAUGUAAAGGGUUUGUUUUGUACACAAAUGGGAUUAUACUAAAAUAAGUAAUGCCUAUUUUUAAGGAUAGGUUAAAUUUAUGAAUGAUUAUUUCAGAUAUAUUGAAUAAAAUAAGUAAAAGUUAUUGUUAUUUACUGA